CAAACCACUCCCUCGUCUUCAAACACGCAACGACAGCGAUCGACAAGACCAGCUCCAAAUCAGAACCACGAACCCUAGAAUCGAUCGAAAACGAAAUCCCCAGCAACAAAUUUGUCUCCAGCAAAGUUCAAUCAAUCGAUGGGGGGCCAUGGCGCCAUCGAGGUGGCCAAGACGGUGCUUGACGUGGCGGAAGUGGCGUGGACCGCCAUCGAGUGCCACCACCACCACCACAACAGCAGCCACCACGGCAGCAAUCAAGAAGAAACGCAUUCUCCGGACCACCAUGGUGAAUUGGAGGCUAUUCGAUGCGAGAAUCGGCGCCUGAGGAGCGUGCUGGAGCAAAAUCUGAACUUGCUGCGGAAUCUCUCCCAAUCUCCCAGUUUCGUGAACGAUUGUCCUCCUGAUCUGUAUGCCCGGCUUCUAGAGACCGUUGAAUCAAAAAAGUUCUUGAAUCGAAUUGAAGACCUCCAGCAGGCAUCAGUUAAUGGAAUCAGCAAUGAAUUUCCAUUUAGAGAGGCCACAGGGGCUGAUUUUCAAUCAGCUGAAAUUCUAAUCAAUGUUAACGAAGAAGAACCCAGUUGGUGGGUGUGGGUCACAGACGAUAUGUUCCCCAGUAAUGUUGAAGAACGGAGUGGAAUUGACAAUGAAAAUUAUGUGGUCAUUACCGAGGAGCAUGUGGUGGAUGGAGUUGCCAACUUUAUGGCUAGAUGCAUCAUAUCAAACCCGAAAGUUCAGAGAUUGUCUCCUCAAGAGCUGCAGAAAACUUUGGCUAAGGCAUUGGGUGCAAGUGGAGUCGGCAAGGUGGAGAAAAUGAUUACUAUCUGGCAUGCUGGGAAGUUGUUCUAUACGUUGUCUACAUGGGGGCUUGCUCUUGCUGGGAUUUAUAGAAGCCGAGCUAUCCUGAAGCUUGCUGCUACUGGGGUCCACACGACUAGCAAAGCGAUCCUGAGGGCCCUUUGAAGAAGCCUUUGGUGGGAUUAGAAACGAAUUGUAUAAUCAACCAAUCUAAGUAUUUGUUUUCGAAGCUGCCGCCUGUCUUAUUUGUUGUAUUCUCAUUUAUUUAUAUAAUUGUAAAAUUGUAAAUAGUAAUUUUCCUCCGACAUUUGAAGGGCUAUGUUGUACAACACAAUUGCUUCAUUUGUGGCAACGUGAUGGCACGGUUGGUUCAA